GAACGGCGAACGAUUCGUCGUCUCACCGGAAGACGGCCCCGAUAAUCUUUUGUUAUCCUCGUCGGCGACUGAGGCGACUCUUUUGCCCUCUCGCACCCCUCAAAUGCACGACUAUCCUCUUGCGCGCGGGAUAAAGGGCCUGGACGGUGCCCUCUCGUUCGCUCGCUAUCACUUUUGAAACGGCCCGCCCUCAGACUUGCGAUUCUAUCUUGAACGAUCCAGACUGUCCUCGCGGCAAAGAACGGCGAUCGAAUGAUUCUUGAGCGGUCGUGGGUUUUUAUCAGCCGAAGACACUCGCCUUAGUCGCUGCAACGUUGUCCGGAGAGAGAGAGAGAUCGCGGAUCGAUUUCGGGGUUCGCGAGAGAUUCGUUAUCCUUGUAUUUUCAUUCUCUCCUCGCCACCUCGUCAAAAGGAUAGUGAAACACAAUUGAAUUUCCACUCUCGAUAUUGUAAUAUUAGAUAUGUGCGAUUAUAAAUAAACUCGAUACCCCUCGAUAAACGAAAACAACGAAGGAAAGUUAAGUGGUGAAAGAAGAACGAACGAAGGGGGAGAGAAGGAGAGAUUUUUAUGGUGCCUUUUUCGUGGUGCGUCGUAUCCCGCCGAAAUUGCCGUUUCUUUCACACAGUGCGUGUGGAAGAAGGGUGUCUCGAAGAAAAUAAACUCGACAAGAGAGGAACUCGGGCAUGAUGAAACUCGCCACGACCCACGCUCCGGACUCGUCGAGGGGUGUAUAAUGUGAUCAUCAGGGAUCCUGUUGUUGUCGCCCAAGGCGUCCAGUUGUUGUUGUUGCGUUCGCGUUACGUUGUUUGUUGUUGAUUUAUUGAGCGCGGUCACAUGAGCUCGGUCUUCCAGUGCGUGUAGCUAAAAAAAAACUCCGCGCACUUCCGGUGCCCCGGUCGCGGGACGGUUCGAUAACACACGCGCAUACAUCAUAUACAUACGCGCGCGCGUGUCAUAUUUUUACACGCGCACGCCAUUAGCGACACUUGCGUAAUCUAGGACAUUGAAGAGCGUUCCACAAUUGUGUGAUAAUUUUAACGACCGCUAUUCAAUGAAACAUAACGAGCGAGCCAGCCAGCCGCUUGGAAAUUGGGUUAAAUAGAAUAACUGAAACUUCCAAACCAUCGACUCGAACUUCCGAACUUGUACCGACCUAGUGUGCUUGUCGAUGAUAUUUCUUUUGUAAGGCACUUUUGCUUAUCUUUUAAAAUAGACGCUCCUUCCACCGACAAGACGCGACCAAUGAAAAGAUAAUAAAAACGAGAGACCGCGAGGGAGUAAAGUCAACGAGAAAUAAAGAAGAAAAGUUAUAUAAGUGGGCGGCGGAGAAAGAUAACAGCGUAAGCACACAGAGGAAGUAGCGGAAGAAACCGUGUAAGCUUGCCGAGACGGACGGCAAGUAGUAGAGCAGUUACUCGAUAGCGACGCACGUUGGGUCGAUAGCGCGUGGUCGAAGGUAGGAAAGGUGAAUUACCUGCGUCAACGAGAACAUCGAACCGGUCCAACAUCGAAACGACCCAAGCUCGCAUAUUGCGAGCCUACCGUCAUUAUCGUAAAUCGUUUCUUCCUCCACGAAAACACGAGAAAUUUGUAUAGUCGCGCGGAAAGGGACCGAGGCGCGUAACCGGUGAGGAUACCGAAUGAUGAAACGCGAUACAUCGAUGAGCCGCCAGCGGAUCGACAAGGAGCACGCAGAGUGCGUCGCCAUUGGGAGAUAAACCGCGAGCGGGGACAAGAGAGCGAUCAUUUCCGGCGGAAUAUCCUCCACGACGGGCGAUUGAGUCGAUUGAAUUCGCGGAACGCACGGCACAUCGAAUACUCUCUGAAUCCUCUUCUUGUCGCAGAGGUAACGGUUGAAAAUGGAAAUUGCGGCAUCAGCUAUGUUGGACGGCCUGAAAAACAAUCGUAUCGGCAAGUUGGCGCUGUCGCGGUUCUUGUCGCAGAGUCUAGCGCAAUUAGAAACAACCGGUAGUCCCGCUAGUAAAUCUCCAGCAGGUGGUAGCGGCGGUCCCGCGAGUGGUGCGGCAGGUGCGACAGCGGCACCAGGCAGCGGCGCCAGCAAUGCCGGGAGCGCGGAGCCUCGUACACCAACCGCCGGGCCACAGAAUAAGCAACUGCAAAAUGUCAAAGGGGAACACCCUUCGAAAGCGUUCCUGCAGAGCAGGUCCAUCUCCCUGGUUGACAUGUAUAUCGAUAAUUCGGAGCCGAGCGAGAAUGUCGGCCAGAUCCACUUCAGCCUCGAGUACGACUUCCAGAACAGCACGCUUAUUCUGCGCAUCAUACAGGGUAAGGAUUUGCCGGCAAAAGACUUGUCAGGCACUUCUGAUCCUUACGUCCGCGUCACAUUGCUUCCGGACAAGAAACACCGGCUUGAGACAAAAAUCAAAAGGCGCACAUUGAAUCCGAGAUGGAAUGAGACGUUUUAUUUCGAAGGUUUUCCCAUACAGAAGCUACAGAGCAGGGUAUUACAUCUACAUGUCUUCGACUACGAUCGAUUCUCGAGGGACGACUCCAUAGGGGAAAUGUUUCUGCCGCUUUGCCAGGUCGAUCUAUCGGAGAAACCGUCAUUUUGGAAGGCUCUCAAACCGCCGGCUAAAGAUAAAUGCGGAGAACUCUUGUGCUCGCUGUGCUAUCAUCCGAGUAAUUCCAUAUUGACGUUGACCCUUUUGAAGGCGAGAAAUCUCAAAGCCAAGGAUAUCAAUGGAAAAUCAGAUCCUUAUGUCAAGGUGUGGCUGCAGUUCGGCGACAAGAGGAUCGAGAAGCGCAAGACUCCGAUUUUCAAAUGCACUCUGAAUCCAGUAUUUAACGAAGUAUUCUCUUUUAACGUACCUUGGGAAAAGAUUAGAGAAUGCUCUUUGGAUGUCAUGGUAAUGGACUUCGACAACAUUGGACGAAACGAACUGAUUGGUCGGAUUCAGCUCGCAGGAAAAAAUGGAAGUGGCGCGAGCGAAACGAAGCAUUGGCAGGAUAUGAUCACAAAGCCGAGGCAGACCAUUGUGCAGUGGCAUCGCUUGAAGCCCGAGUAAAGGACACGCUUUACCUUGAUCGACGACAAAUGAUAUUCUGUCGUGCGAGCUCCGCGGGCGCGCCCCGUCGAUGUUACGUUAACAAGGCAAUUUUUUCUUUUGCUCGAUAUCCCCGCAAUCGAUCUCCGACGAGUACCCAUUCGACGACUGUAAAAUACCUCCCGCAUCACGUAGGGCGCUCUUAGCGACGCUGGUCGUCGGGGAGUCAUGAUCGAAUGUUAAUAUCGCGAUUAGAAAACAGAGCAUUCUCGUGAUCGCUCGUUGUUACGCCGUUUUCGUGUAUUAACGAGUGACAAUGAGGAAUCGUCGUUGUCACUCGUCGUUGGUAGCGUCGAAAGCUACUACUUUCUAGUUUUCAACAAGUCGCGCCACCGAGAAGUUUUCGCACGAUCGGCGUACGACCAGGCGUUUUGAACGUCGUUGAUUGGCGAUGAGAGUGACGAGAUGCGCUGAACCCUUGCCCCCAGAAAUUGUAAUUGCGCCGACGACAACGCUCCGCAUCGAAGUACGGACGGCAACAGCUUCACCGUAGUGAAAUCAGGAAGCUUCUCCAGGUAUGUCAGGUGCCACUUUUCUGUUUUCACCUUCUUCUUCUUCCGCGUGUCCACCUCGUUGCCGCUUGGCGCUGGGCGGCACGGAGACUGCGAAGUUGGACACCGUGAGUGAUCAGUCGUUCGCUCUGGGGCGAACUCUAUCCUCUUUUGUUUGUUCGCCAGACAACGCAAGAGGUCUGCCGAAUCUUUUAGACGGACCUUUUAGCUAUUUCAAAGUCCUUUGGGCUUUUGUGUUGUCUGCGUGCACACGCGCUCGCGGCGCGAGAUUGUAUCAGAAUCGUCACGACACUCUAAAAUUGAAGGGGCGAGUAGGCAAAGGAGAUACACAGUCACAUUUUCACGAAAGGAGCAUUACUUUCAUGGGUAAAUUAAUGUUGUUAUAGCACGUGUAAUAUCAAUCUAGUGAUGUGAUAGCUUUUAGAAACGGAGGGUCUGUGUACAAUAUUGAAUUUCACUCCACUGUGAUCAUUGACUCAAAAUUAAAGGCGAUAAUCAUAAAAUAAUGCGAUUGUUGCGUGUAUCAUCUUUUUUCACUUGCCCCUUCGAUUGUCCAGUUGAGGAAAAUCACUUCGCGUCACGGAACCCAGACAAAACCGAUGAGCUUUCUAAAACAACUAGUAUUGCUUCACGAUAGCGACGUCAUGAACUCUUACAUUUGUAAUAUUUAUAUUUGUAAUAAAUAUCACACACACACAUACACACACACACACACACACACACAC